AUGAGCGGAACAAACCUUAGGGGACUGGAUGGGCUCAGUCCGUACUCGUUGGAUGAGCAGAAUCGGACAGAUGGUGACGGUCAGUCCCGUGGUAUGAGUCUUGAUUUCAGUACGAAGACGGCAUACUUACUCAUUGGACUAGGAAGUUCCAACCCAGACGAUCACGGGUUGCUUGAUCCGACUCUAUCUAUUCAUCAGUCGAUUGCCGGGCCCCAACGUCUGGAGCAGCUAGUUCUCAACUCACAGUUGACUCAGUCUUCCACAUCGCUGCCGCUGUCCCUGGAUUCCGCUCAGGACGACUCUUCCGGCUCGAUGCUGUUCAUGGAAGGGUACAAUGACCCACCCAUACCAUCUUGGCUGAUGCAUGAGUUAGAAGCACAGGAAACAGACAAUGUUCUCUCUGCAAGUUCGCAGCAAUACUUCACCAAUGGCCUAGUCCCCUCUGAGCUUCUUGGCUCAGGUACGGGCCCGUCCUCUGGUAUAGGCAACCGGAUUCCUGCACCAGGUGCUGGGCUUCCUCGACGCAGAAGUCGUUAUCUAACGCGGAGUUCGGGAAGAGAGGCCGCUCCGAUUGUCAUUCCCAAUGCGAGCGCGCUAAAUCCCAUGGAAAGAUGGCGUGAGUCGCCGCCUGAGGAUGAGCCUGCGUCGAUGGCCGCUAUUCUCGAUGCAUUGAAACAGACGCCUGCGCAGCAGUCGGGACUGCCAGAUAAUGAAAACCCGGAUGAUCCGACAGACAUUGCCAAUGCGUUCCGACACUAUCGGCGUGCGGCCUCAGCGACCAGCGGAGAGUCUAGCGGGUCGUCCAAGGCGUCACAGCAGUCGGUGCGAUCCCGCUCGUCAGUUCAGGAUUCCACCGGGGUCCAGACUGGGCGACGCCGGCGCCGGGUGGAUAAACCCGUGAGACGGAAUCGCGACGUGACAGAGAAGCGACGGCGGUACUGCUGCACCUUUUGCUGUGAUAGGUUCAAGAGCAAGUACGACUGGGCCCGCCAUGAGAAAUCUUUACACCUUAAUCUGGAGGCGUGGUACUGUGCGCCGUUUGGAACAAGAGUUGACUCUCCUGUGACGCUAAAAAGUCACUGUGCAUUCUGCAACGCCGUGGACCCCGACUCCCGGCAUCUGGAUCAACACGCCCACAGGGCCUGCGAAAGUGACUCUGGCGCUCGCCGUUCCUUCCGCCGCAAGGACCACUUGGUGCAGCAUCUACGGCUGGUGCAUAAUGCCGAUCCCCCACCCUGCCUGGAUGACUGGAAGAUCGGACAAAGCGCUGUGAGCUCUCGGUGUGGAUUCUGUGACCAGCGCCUGAGCACAUGGGAGCAUCGCAUCGAGCAUCUAGGGGAGCAUUUUCGAAAAGGUGCUACCAUGAACGAGUGGCGAGGGGAGCAUGAGUUCCCUGCCGAAUUCGCCGCGCAGGUGGUCAAUGCGCUGCCGCCAUACCUCAUCGGCCCAGAAUCACGGAGUGUCAUACCUUUCUCUGCAACGAAUUCAGAUGUAAGAGACCACUUUUCGCAGAUUUCCUCUCGCGCCUUUUGGGACUCGCCCGGUAAUCAAGAAGAAGCCGCCUUGAAUCUUGCCACGGUGGCUCCCAGCCAGCCUCUCCAGACUCUGGCGCCGGGUCUUUCACCGGCGCAGCUCAGCUCCUUCACGCAGGUAUUGACGCUGCACUUGAGCCGCUAUGCUCAGCAGCAGAUGAAGCAGGGGAUUAUCCCUACCGACGAAAUGUUCCAGCAAGAGUCGAGGCGCGUAUUAUAUGACUCAGAGGACUCGUGGAAUCAGACCAUCGCUGACAACCCCGAGUGGCUUUCUACUUUUCGAAGGCUUCACUGCGACGAGACCACCUAG